UCAACUACAGAAGUACAAAUUGGGCCCAUGAGACUGACACAAGAUCCAAUUCAGGUUUUGCUGAUCUUUGCAAAAGAAGACAACCAAAGUGAUGGUUUCUGGUGGGCUUGUGACAGAGCUGGAUACAAGUGCAAUAUUGCCCGGACUCCAGAGUCAGCACUUGAGUGUUUUCUUGAUAAGCACCAGGAAAUAAUUGUUAUAGAUCACAGGAACUCCAGAUACUUUGAUGCGGAAGAUAUCUGCAGAUCUAUUCGUGCCACAAAACCAUCAGAGCACAGUGUAAUACUUGCUGUGGUUCCACACACAUCUGCUGACCACGAAGAGACUUCUGUUCUUCCUCUUCUUAAUGCAGGCUUUGAUAGGCAAUUCAUGGAGAAUAGCAGCAUAACUGCUUGUUACAAUGAACUGGUUCAAAUAGAACAUGGGGAAGUGCGAUCUCAGUUCAAAUUACGGGCUUGUAAUGCAGUAUUUACGGCAUUAGAGCAUUGUCAGGAAGCUAUAGAAAUAACCAGUGAAGAUCAUGUCAUUCAGUACGUUAAUCCAGCCUUUGAACGGAUGAUGGGGUAUCAUAAGGGAGAGCUUAUUGGCAAGGAACUUACUGAACUACCAAAAAGCGAUAAAAACUGUGCAGAUAUUUUAGACACUAUCAACACAUUUAUUAAAAAAGGAAAGGAAUGGCAAGGCGUUUACUAUGUGAGAAGAAAAUCAGGAGACAGUAUCCAGCAGCAAGUGAAGAUAACACCUGUGAUCGGUCAAGGAGGGAAAAUAAGACACUUUGUGUCCCUCAGAAGGCUGUAUUGUACCAACGAAAACAACAAACAGCCCUACAAGAGUCACCAGGAUGAGAAGUACACGGGAGACAAUUCUCAGCCAGAAUCCCAUUCCUUCAAAUGCAAGAACAGGAGGAAAGACUCAAUUGAUGUUAAGUCAAUAACAUCUCAAAGUAGUGAUGCUUCAAGUUUGCAGACCCGACGGUACUCUUCCAUGGCAAGGAUCCACUCGAUGACAAUAGAAGCUCCUAUCACAAAG